AUGGCAGCAAAGCCAAUAGAUCCAAUGGAUCAUGAUUUCGAGGCCGAGAAUGAUCGGUUAAUUGCUAUUGCGGUUUUGGUAGCUUUGAUGUUGGAAUACCUUCGCAUUAGAAAGAGUGACGUCACCUCUAAGAGUAGUGACAUCACCUCUAAGAGUAGUGACGUCACCUCUAAGAGUAGUGACGUCACCUCUAAGAAUAGUGACGUCACCUCUGUGAGUAGUGACAUCACCUUUGAGAGUAGUGACGUCAACUCUAAGAGUGACAUCACCUCUGAGAGUAGUGACAUCACCUCUAAGAGUAGUGACAUCACCUUUGAGAGUAGUGACGUCAACUCUAAGAGUGACAUCACCUCUAAGAGUAGUGAUGUCACCUCUAAGAGUAGUGACGUCACCUCUAAGAGUAGUGACGACAUCACCUCUAAGAGUAGUGACGACGUCACCACUAAGAGUAGUGACGUCACCUAUAAGAGUAGUGACGUCACCUCUGAGAGUAGUGACGUCACCUCUGAGAGUAGUGAUAUCACCUCUAAGAGUGACGUCACCUCUAAGAGUAGUGACAUCACCUCUAAGAGUAGUGACAUCACCUCUAAGAGUGACGUCACCUCUAAGAGUAGUGACAUCACCUCUAAGAGUGACGUCACCUCUAAGAGUAGUGACACCUCUAAGAGUAGUGACGUCACCUCUGAGAGUAGUGACGUCACCUCUGAGAGUAGUGACGUCACCUCUAAGAGUGACGUCACCUCUAAGAGUAGUGACGCCACCUCUGAGAGUAGUGACGUCACCUCUAAGAGUAGUGACGUCACCUCUAAGAGUAGUGACGUCACCUCUAAGAGUAGUGACGCCACCUCUGAGAGUAGUGACGUCACCUCUGAGAGUAGUGACGUCACCUCUAAGAGAAGUGACGCCACCUCUGAGAGUAGUGACGUCACCUCUAAGAGAAGUGACGCCACCUCUGAGAGUAGUGACGUCACCUCUAAGAAUAGUGACGUCACCUCUAAGAGUAGUGACGUCACCUCUAAGAGUAGUGACGUCACCUCUAAGAGUAGUGACGUCACCUCUGAGUAGUGACAUCACCGCUCACCGCUCAGCUGGCCAUUCCUCCUGUGACGAAGAAUAAUAAU